AAACCAUAUUUUCCGUGUUUGUUGCGUCGGAUGUGAUUAUAUUGCGUUGUUAAACGUUCUUACAUUUUCACGUGUGUGAUGAUAAUAAACAUUAAUCUAGGUAGUUUUGUAUAGAAUAGUCAUUAAUUAAGUUUUUCGUAGGCCCGUAUAAGAAACAAUAAAAAUACGUGUUUAACGAAAGCAAAGAAAGGGUGUAUCCCGAGUCGCAGUCCUUCCAUUUAGUCUUUUGGAGCGAAGAUGGCCGACGUAGAGGGGAAGAAGUUAACCGAAUUGAGAGUUAUAGAUUUAAAAACUGAAUUAGAGCGGCGUGGACUAGACAAAACCGGAAACAAGGCUGCCCUCCUUGAGAGACUGGCUAAGGCUAUCAUAGAAGAAGGUGGUAAUCCAGAUGAGUGUUUAAUAAUUCCAUGUGGUGGUGUGAGCAGAGUUAGCCCAAAAAAACCAAUCGAUACUUCAAUUAUGAUCGAAGAUGCUUUAGAAACAGAAAUUCAAAAAGAUGAAUUCCAUAAUGACUUUGGUGGAUUAGAUAAACCAACACCACCGCCACCAGUUAUUGAAAAUAUUCCCGAAGAACCAGUUAUAAAUAUUACGGCACAACCUGAAGAAUUAGAAAUGGAGUACAAAGAAAUUGAGCCAGAACCAACAGUUACAGCAAUUCCUACAGAAGAACCAAUUCCUGAAAAAAAACCUUUUAUUGCUUCAGAGGAGUCUAGUAAUGUUUCUACGAUCGAAGCUAAUGGUAUUGAUAAUGAAGAUUCCAUUAAUUUAACAAUUGGAGAGGAUGAAGAAAACCUACUUGUAGAAGAGUCGGAGUCAAACGAUAGGCUGAAAGCAGAUGGAGGUGCAAAGAAGAGAUUGGAAGAAAGCAACAACAGCAUCAACAACAACAUCAACAGCAGUAACAACAAGAAGGGAGACUCUAAAGGGAGCGGCAGAGCGGAGAGCAGUGCCAGUAGCAAGGAAGGGACAUCAUUGGCUUCAGGACCGAACGCAACAGGGCUCAAAAGCAAGCAGGAUGGCGAAGGAUGCAAGAGCGGUGAUCCCCUGGUUAAAGCUCCAAAAAGGGAUGAGAAAGACAAGAGCAUUACGGUUUCAAUCAAUGCUAGCAGUAGGAAUCUUUGGGUAUCCGGUCUUUCAUCGACCACUCGUGCCACCGAUUUGAAACAAAUAUUUUCUAAAUACGGGAAAGUAGUUGGAGCGAAGGUCGUCACAAACGCGAGAACGCCAGGAGCUAGAUGUUAUGGCUAUGUUACAAUGUCUACAAGUGAUGAUGCUGAAAAAUGCAUCCAAUACUUGCACAGAACAGAACUCCACGGUAGAGUUAUUUCCGUUGAAAAGGCGAAGGGUGAUUCUCAACAAAAUCAUAAUCGUAAGCGUGAUCCACUCAUCAAAGUUGACAAGAAAGAUGAAAAGGAAAAGAUCAAAGAUGUAGAGCCAAUCGAAAAGGAGGCGGAGAAACACGAGGACGAGAAUAAAAGUGACGAACUGGAAAAGGAAACGGAGGAUAAGGAGGGAGAAGAGGGUAUCGACAGAGAGAAGAGAGAAAGCAGCCUGGAGAAUAAGGAUGAAGGCUCCCUGAAAGACUGCGACACACGCUCGACCAAAUCUAACAGCAAAAAGCCAGACAGAGAAAGGGCGAAUAGCAGAGAAGAUAAGAAAAGAUCGUGGGACCGCUCGCGCACUUCGAGAUCCAAGAGCCGGGAACGCCAUCGUAGAGAUAACGUACUAUCUUUUGCUAAAAUAAAAGAGGAGCGCGAGAGACAGAGGCUUAGGGAAAAAGAGAGACUAUUGAGGGAAGAGAAGAGACGUAGGCGCGAGGACAUAGAACGGCAGCGGGCGAUUGAACGCGAGGCUGCGCGUCUUGAGCGUGAACGGGAGAAGCUCUGCCUCGAGCGGGAGAGAAUCGAGCAAGAAAAAGCUGAGCUGUUGCGCUUUGAGCGUGAACGGCAGAAGGUCGAGCGGGAGAAAUUGGAACGGGAGCGCCUCGAGCUCAAAAGACAACAGAUGCGGCUGGAGGAGAACAGGCGGGUGCCACCUCCGCCCGCGUUAAAGAGGACUUCGAGCGAUCGUAGGGAACCGAGGGACGUGUAUGUCGAGCCCGAAAGGAAAAGGAUAAAUGUUGAACACCCGAAUCGGAGACAUAGCCCACCAGAGCGCGUCAACGAACGCAGAGCUGACGUCAUGGAGCGAGUUUCGGACAGACGCAUGGACACUGCCCCGGUGCCCUCGCGAUACGAUGGCGUCAGGUCCAAGGAAAUGGGCAUGCAAAAAAAUUUCAAAAGGGGUAAUGACUUCGCAUCGAGGAACAAUCGCGAAGAUCAGUUUAACGAAGUUCCUAGGGGCGGGAGGGACGUUAUGGUACGCAGGGAUUCCCGUCCUAAUCAAAACUCAAUGGACCACCGACAAGUUAAGGAGAGAUAUGAAAGACCAUCAACAUUCGGACGUGAUCGAGAAAUCCACAGAUCGGAUGACAACCAUAGAAGUUCUCGAGAUAACCACAAUCGUUAUGACAAUUCGAAACCUAACAAUCAACGUGACGGCCGAUAUGUAGAUAACAACCGACAGACUGGAUGGCAUUCGGGACCUCCGUCAAAGCCGUUUAAUUCAGUUAAUAAUCGGAAUGAACAGUCGGGUUGGAACAGUCGAUCAUCAGAUUCAAGGGUGAAUUCUCGAUGGAAUAAUUCCAAUAAUAUGGGUAACAAUAUGGGACACCCACGAUCACAAAUGUAUCAAGGAGGAGGGCCAAACCAAUCAUUCGGUGGCAUGUCACAAGGAAACAGUGGAUCAUACGAGAGAUUCGAUCCGUACAAAGGCUCCAUGCAAAAUAUGAGAAAAUACUAAACAUCUAUUAAAAUAAAGUGAAAAGCGUCAGGUU